AUGAAGAAUCUUGCAAUUCUCAGCUUGCUAUUUGCUGGCAUUGUCUAGUCAACCAGCCAUCAAGAAUUUCUCAAGCAAUAUGAAACCUAUAAUGCUAAGGAUAUUCGUCUUGAGUCUGACUCAUUACCAAUUUUCAAGAAUCACUUUGGGGUAUCAUAUACCUAAGAAGAGAGCAAUGGAGGUGUUACUAGAAAGACAUUAUUAGGCGCACCACCUUCUCUUUAUGGUACUUGGGAAAGAAGACAUGAUUUUAUCACAUAGUAAACCUAAAACUUAAAGACUCAAAAGGAAAAGAAGCUCAAUAAUACUCUCUAUAAGUGCUAACAGAGAGGAGAUUCAGGGACAGAAUACUUCGAAUUCCUCCCAUCUUUUGCUGCUAAUGUUAAUGCAUCUCAUCCAACUUAUUCAUUCACUUCUGGGUUAUGUUUCCAACAAAUUGAUUUCGCUAUUUCCUAUUAUCCCUCUCCAGAGAACUUCACCUCCGUUACACUUGAUGUUACCACCUCAAAACCUAAAUCCCUAUUAUGUUCUGACAACCUCUUCAUUGGUACAUUUGAGAUUUACCAUAUCGAAGAUUUCUUCUUCCAAAAAACCACCCAAAUCGUUUACAACAACUUGACUGCUGAUGAGAAGGAAGAUAUUCUUUUCAAUGGUAUCACUGUCUACCUAUUCUGUGAUGGUAUCAUUGAUGAACUUGUCUCAGUCUUCAACACACUUGAACUUUUUGUUGGCGGUAUUAGUACCAACCCAUGGUUACCAAUCAUUGGCUCACAUGUCCCUGAGUACAUGGAAAAGGCCAAUGUAAAUUUCUUGAAUGAAACAAUCGGAUGGAAUCUUCAAGUUAGACCAGUACAAGAAGUUGUCCUUGAUAAAUCUCUUAUCAAGUCUGGUGACUACUUGAUGGUAUUCAGACUCGAUGGUCUUGAUGAAAUUAUCAUGUACGGUACAGGUUCUCAUGUUGGCCACUCAGUUAUGGCAAUGUGGUUCCCAGAUGGAGAACUUUACGUUGUAGAGUCUCAAGAUGGAUGGUACUGGCCCAUUCACAAUAUUCAAAAGAACAAAUUCGAUGAUUGGAUUCAAUAUGCUAGAAAUGCUGAUUUCCAUGUUGCUAUACUUCCAUUGAAAGAUGAGAUGAGAGAGAAAUUUAACUACACAGCUGCUCUUCAGUUCUUCAAUGAAUCAGAAGGCUUACCUUUCGGAUAUCACACUUUCCUCGUCGGAUGGUUGGAUACUCCUGAGGAUAACCUCCCACCUCUAAUCCCAGCAAGAUUUGUUCCAAUUCUAUUUGAGAUUCUCAACAAGUUUAUUCCAGAUACAAUUGAUAUUUUCCUUGUUCAAGGUCUAAACCACAGACUUGGCACUCAAAACUUGACUUACCCAGAAGUUGCUUCUGCUGCAGCAGAAAGAGGUUUAACUAUGGAACAACUUAUGGCAAUCCCUGAACAAGACGGAUGGCUCUAUCACGGAAUCGAACCAAAGGAUGGUAGGUCAUACGUCUGCAGUUCAUUUGUAACUGGAAUGUACAAGGCUGCAGGUCUCUUUGGGGAUAAAGUCAUUAAUCCUCAAGAAAUCCACGACAGAGAUCUCUAUAACAUGAACUUAUUUAACAAGACUUAAUCACUUCCAGAAGCAUGCAAAGCUGCUGAUCCAACUCUUCCAUAUUGCUAGAUCCUUGGAAAAUACAGAAUGGACAUUGCUGACAAAGAACUCUCUUACCUUGAGGUUUACGAUCACUAUUGUGAGAAAUGCCCAACCAUUGGACCAGACUUUUUCAGACCAGAUGGCUGCUGA